AUGGCCAACGAUCUGUGGUCAUGUACCUGUUGUUCGGAGGCUCUCACUUGCUGGGUUGCGUCUCAAGCUCUCUCGGCAGCCGAGGAAAUAGAGCAAAGAUACAGGAGCAAAGAGAUAGACAGAAUACUUGAGAAAGAUAAACAAACUUUACGACGGCAGAUGAGGAUAAUACACAAAGUGAAGUUCGAGCCGGAACUAGUGCGCGAGUACCAGCAUGUGAUAUAUCAGAAUAUAGUGAAGGGUAUUCAAGUGUUGGUGGAUGCACGGGAUAAGCUCGUAAUACCUUGGGAAAACCCGAGGAAUCUCGACAUCGGCCAGCAGGCGCUGCAUUUCAACAGCACUGCCUCGCGGAGAGAAUUUCAAUUGAGCGACUCCGUCAGCUAUUUCUUCGAGGAACUGGAGCGUAUAGCUCGGCCUGAUUACAUUCCUUCACACCAAGACAUCCUUCACUGUCGGAAGGCCACUAAGGGUAUCACGGAGUGUACUAUAAACAUAAACAAUGUACCGUUUGUUUUCGUCGAUGUCGGAGGUCAGAGGACGCAGCGGCAGAAGUGGACGCAAUGCUUCGACUCUGUAACCUCUAUAUUGUUUUUAGUGUCGUCUUCAGAGUUCGAUCAGGUGUUAUCAGAAGAUAGGAAAACUAACAGAUUGGAAGAGGCGCUGAACAUCUUCGACACUAUAGUAAACAACGUUAACUUUAAAGGUAUAUCGAUUAUACUAUUCCUAAACAAAUCUGAUCUAUUGGCGAAGAAAUUAUCGAGCAAGGAGACGGAUAUACGCUGGUUUUAUCCAGCCUUCGAAGGCGAUCCACAGAACUUGAGGGACGUUCAGAUGUUCUUGCUCAAAAUGUUCGCGGAUGUCCGCAGGGAACCAAAGACGACGCUUUACCAUCACUUCACAACAGCCAUAGACACUCACAACAUAGAAGUGGUCUUCAACUCGGUCAAAGACACUAUACUCAACCGUAACUUAGAAUCUCUGAUGCUACAGUGA